GCUUUUUUUUUUAAAGGAGUUUGCAGAAACCUCUUGGGUUGGUUCAGUCGCAGCCUGAGCGCUUUCCCGAGCAGCAGAAGUUGAGGAGCAGGAGAGCGCAGCUGCCUGGACAGCUUUAUUAUUGCUAUCAUAUAUUCAUCUUUCUUGGGCGGGAAGCUUCGCGUCUCUGGGCCAGAAACGGAGCUGUGAAAAAGCCGCCCGCCACACAUCGGAGACAGCCAUGGGGGCGGGUAGCUCUACGGAACAGCGGAGCCCGCAGGAUGGGACCACUGCAGCGGAAGAGUCCCAGCCCGGGAGCCCCGAAGGGCAGACACCGGCGGCGGCGGCCGAGGCUGAGCAGCCGGAGGACCCCUCCAAGCUUUUACAUAAAAAUGGACAGAUAUCCAGCAUUAAUGGAAUUACAGAAGAGCAAGUGGAGCUCAGCCACAAACCAGAAGAGCUGAAAGAACAGCAGGCAGAAGUCCUUGCAGCAGAUGUUGGUCAAGGAGAAGCUGCAGAUGUGAUUCUGAAAGAGGGGUCUACCGAAAAUAUGGAGACCAGCCUACCAGAAUUAAGUGACAAAUCAAAUGAAGAUGAUGAACAGAAAGACACAGAAGGUGCUGAUAAACAGUUGCCCUCAGAAGAAAAUGAAGAGCAGCCUGGUGAAUCUCCAUCAAAUGAUGUUGGAUUUAAAAAAGUUUUUAAAUUAGUUGGAUUCAAAUUUACAGUUAAAAAAGAUAAAACAGAGAAAAUGGAACCUGUGCAGCUGUUGAAUGUAAAAGCAGAAGUCACAGAAGGGUCAUCUGAUGGUGCUGGAGACUGUAAAGAACUCAAGACAGAGACAGUGGAAGAAGCCACACAAAGUGAAAUAACUGACUUUGUGGAGAAGACUGAGGAAGAAACUCAGACUGAGGAGGUGAAAGAAGAAACCUUCUCCGAGGAAGUAACAGAAAGCCCUGUUGAAGCAGAAAGCAAAGAGGCUGAAAUUAAAGACAAUGGGAAUAAGUCUCCAGAGUCUCCAGUAAGCCCAUUAACCAGUGAAACUGCAUCACCCCUAAGAAAGUUUUUUACUCAGGGUUGGGCUGGGUUUAGAAAAAGGACAAGCUUCAGAAAACCUAAAGAAGAAGAACUUCAAACUGAGAAAGAAAAACAAGAGCAAAAAACAGAAAAGGAAGUGACAACAGAAGGAAUAGCUAUUAAAGAAGAAUUAGAAGAAGAAAAACUCUCACCAGAAAAAGAUAGGACAGAAGUUUCUUUAGAAGCCAGUGAUGAGAAAAUGGAAAGUGAGAAAGAGAAAAAAGAAGAAACAAAAAUGGUAGAAGUCUCAACAGAAACCAACCUGAAAGAAGCUGCUACUCCCAGUGAACAACCAUCAACAGAAGAAGUAGCUGAAAAUAUAGAUAAAGAAGUUGGUAUAAACUUGAAAGGGGAGACUGACCUGGAGUUAGAGGAAAAAUUGGAACCAGUGCAAGAGAGUCCUGUAGGCUUAGAGCAAAGUACUGCUGCAUCAUCUGAAGGAAAAACAGAACUGGGAGCUCCUUUGUUAAAUGAAGUAUUUGAAGAAAAGAUAAGCCAAUCUGAUUCAUUGUCUCCAAUCACAAUAGAAAAGCCUGAGGAACCUUUUGAAAAAAUAGAAGAGGCUCUAAAGGCUCCUCUGGCCACAGAAAUUUUUGAUGAGAAACCGACAGAGAUAAAUAUUGAUGUUAGAACUGUUGUGGCAGAAGAAGAAGUGAAAAUAACUAAAAAAGAGCAACUAGUUCUUGAACAAUUAGUGAAAACAAAUGAUGACUUUCAGAAAGAGCAACCCACUGUUGAACAGUUAAAAGUCACAGAAACGGUUCCUGAAAUAGCAAAGGAGCACUUCAGGCAAACAGAUCCAAGCAAUUUUGAUGCAGCGACACACAAAGCUCCAGAAGGCAUAACAAGUGAGGUAGAACUGGUGUCAUCUCAAGAAAAAGCCAAGAUGCAAGGCAGCCCUUUAAAAAAGCUUUUCACAGGUACUGGCUUAAAGAAAUUGUCGGGAAAGAAACAUAAAGGAAAGAAAGAAGAAGCUAGACUAGGGGAAGCAGCAGAACAAAUACAGCAGUUGUCUGAUUCUGCAGAAAGCCCAGAUGACCCAAGGGCAGAAAGCUCUGCUUCUUCCCCUGAAGAAAUAACAGAAUCUGUAGAAAAGGCCUCAGAUGCUGCCCAGAUUCCUGAAGCUGAAGAAGGAUCUUCUUCAGAUGUAGAGAAGAAAAGAGAAAGUGUUACACCUUGGGCAUCGUUUAAAAAAAUGGUAACUCCUAAGAAACGGGUCAGGAGACUUUCUGAAAGUGACAGAGAAGAAGAACUUGAUAAGACAAAGAGUGCUACUUUGUCUUCAACUGAAAGUGCACCUAAUGAUGAACAGGAAGAUAUUAAAGACAAUGAUGAGGAACAAAAAAUAGAAAAAAGUGCAGAUGAGCCCAAGAGAAAAGUUGAUACUUCUGUAUCAUGGGAAGCUUUAAUCUGUGUAGGCUCAUCAAAGAAAAGAACUAGAAAAUCUUCAUCUUCUGAUGAAGAAGUAGGACAAAGGCUUGCUCAGGAUGGGCAAAAAUUAGAUGAAGUUGCACCAAAUAAAGAAGCAGUACAUGACACUAUCUUUACUAACUCACAUGAAAGUGAUCAAGGACAAGGAAAUUCUUCACCAGAACAAGUAGGAAGCCCAUCUGAAACAGAGGGUAUUUCAACAUGGGAAUCUUUUAAAAGACUAGUAACUCCAAGAAGAAAAUCUAAAACAAAGAUGGAAGAGAAAAAUGAUGAACCCACCACAAUUCCAAGUUUAGAACAUGCUACCUUAGAUGGGGAUACUGCAAAAGAAGAAUCCUGGGUUUCAUUUAAAAAAUUAAUACCUGGUCGUAGGAAGAAAAAGUCUGAUGGAAUACCAGAACAUGCUCCUGUGCAAGAAGCUGGAGAAGAAAUGACAGGAACAAAUGAGGAGGACUCUGAUGUCCCAGCUGUAGUUCCUUUAUCAGAGUAUGAAGCUGCUGAACAAGAGAAAUUUGAAGCUCAAAAAACAGAGCAAGAUGAUAUGGCUAAGAAAAUCUCAAGUCAAAAUAUAGAAGAGUCACAAAGUACAUUAAUAAUUGAGCAGGCCAGUGAAGGAUUAGUUCAUGCCAUUGCUGUCUCAGUGGUAGAAGGUGAGAGAGCAGUUACAAGUAUUGAAGAAAGAUCACCAUCUUGGAUAUCAGCUGCUGUGACAGAGUCCAUUGAACAUGUGAACGAAGAUGAGAAAAAAUCUGAGGAGAUUUCUGGAACUGGAAUUGUUGAAGAAACAGUAGUGGUUACUAAACUUAUACCACAUAUGAGAAAGAAUAUUAGUGGUGAUACUAUAGUCAGUGAGCUGGAGUUAACCUCGGAAGCAGUUACAGCUCUAGAAGAAGCUUCAGGCAUUGAAGAAACAACUGAAAUAUCUUGUGCUGAAGAGACAACUGAAAUGGUUUCAGCAGUUUCAAGGCUAACUGAGUCCCCUGAUACUACAGAAAUAGCUACACCGGUGCAGGAGAUAGCAGAAAGUGAGCAAGACCUAGAAGAAUUAAAUAAAGAAACACAGGAAAUGUUGCAAGUAGUUGCUGAAAGAAUUAAAUUGUCUGAUGGAAAGGGGAUUAGUGAAAGUCUGACAGAAGUAACAGUUCAGCCAUUGUCAGCUGAGAAAAUUGGGCAUGAAAUUUCUGCCAUAUCUAAAGAAGUGGAAUUGCCAUUAAAUGAGGUUGUUCAAAUUAAUGAAGUUACACAAAGCUGUGAAGCUCAGAUUAAAGUUAAAGAAGAUGGUCUGAGGGAGGUGUUAAGAACGAGUAAUGGAAUGUUAGUAGAUGGGAAAGAAAAGUCAAAAGAGAUCACUAGCUUGGAGUGGGUUGAAAGUCAUCGGCCAAAGACUGAACAAGAAUCUGUAAAACAAUAUGAAGAAAUAAUUGGAGAACAGACAGUUGAAGAAAAAUCUGAUGAAGAAUUUGUCAUUGUCACAGUAACCCCUGAAGAGCAACCAGAAACAGAAGUUAGUGACACCUUUGGAAAGCAACAAAUGUUAUUAAAAGAAAUGGACAGUGAAGAGCACAAGAGUACAGGUACAAUAGAAUACAUCCUAAUGAAUUUAGAAGAAACUACUCAAAAUAAGGUUACAGAAUGUGUUCCAGAAGUGGAUGAAUUAGAACAGGUAACAUGUGAAGAGAAGUCUCAGUUACAUCAGAAACAGGAAGAAUUACAAAACAACUUAUAUAACUUAGAAUCACAGCCCUCAGAAAUAAUUUUAGUAAAAGUAAAUGAGGCUGCUGAGAACGAAGUAAAAGAUUUUAAUCUUUUAACAGAAUCACAGACUAAAUUAUUUCUUCCUGAGACAGCUACCCAGAACCAGCUCACUGAAGUUCCACCAAGUACUGUUAAAAAUGUGGCAUUUGGUACAGAAAAGGGAAGUACAGAGGAAACUGCAGUUGAGGCAUGCAUACAGAAUGAAGACUUUUGCACCUCUAUAAAAAAUGAGGCCCAUAUACAGAAGGUGGGACCUGAGGUUCAGCUUCAAAAAUUGGAGCCCAGGAUUUCUGAAAUAGAUGUGAAAACAGAACCUUUCUUACUGUAUGAAGAAACCCAGAUUCUUGCAGAGACUAUGGAAAAAGAGAUGUCCCCUCAAGUGUUGGAAAUAGAUGUCCACAAGCUAAAUGCAAAGGCUGAGGCCCAAGUAAUAACUGACCGUGUAGAGGAAACGGAAAUAAAGUCCCAGGUACAAAGUGGGGAAGCAGAGGUCCUGGUGGAGAAGGCAGAAUUAAAAGUAGACAUGGAAUUCUCUACAGAGAAAGCAAAAACAGAGUCUCCCACAGAAGAGGUGAUUAUUGAGGAUCACCUAAAAGAGGAAGAAGCACAACUCUCUGCAGAGGAGGCACCUACAAAGUUGGAAAGAGAAAUGUGUCAAGAGAAAAUCGACAUAAUGGUAGAUGUAGAGAAGAUUGAGAAAGUGGAAGUAAGGGUUCCUGAAGAGAUGGCAGAUGGAACGGCGUUUGUGGAAACUUCCACAGAACAGAUAGAUGCAAAGUUGGAAUCAGGGGCUCCUGUAGAAAAGGCAGAUACAAAAGUAGAUGAGAAAGCUUCCAAAAAGAAGAGAGAUGCACAUGUGGAAGCAGAUGUCCCUGUGGGGAAGACAAUAAUAGAGUCCCCACAGGAUCAGGCAGAUGCAAAAUUGAAUGGGGAGAGCUUUGAAAUGAAGGGGGAUAUAAAGUCCCAUGCAGAUAAUAUGGAUGCAGAGAUUGCGAAGAAUGAGAGUAAAGUACUCAGUUGUCUUCCAGCUGAUACAAAGCAGUUAACAGAGGGGACAGCAGCUGAAUCCACCACCGAAAAAACAGUAACUGAGCUCUUCACAGAGAAAGUAGUGGCUUCCAUUGAGAAGGUAGAAACAAAGGCUGGUAUGGAAGUCUUCGCAGAGAAGGUGGAUGAAAAAGCAAAUGUAGAUGUCCCUGCAGAACAGAUGGCUACGCAGAUCCCCAUAGAACAGUCGGAUGAAAUGAUGGUAACGGAAGCCAUUGCUAGGGAAUUAGAACCGAAGGAGACUUUGCAAAAUGUGAUGAGCGAGAUCAGGAUUCAGUCUGAGGUGGAAGAUUUUAGGGAUUGCUUAUCUAAAAUUUGUGAUGCUGUUGUUUCCAAUGAGCCUUCAAGGAGGGAAGAAAAAGAUGCUUUUUCUGCUGUAGAAAAACCAACGGCAGAGGCUGCACUUGAAAAACCUGAAAAGGAGCUACUUCACAUUUCAGCACCUGCACAGACUGCCAUGGAUGAAAUACAGAAAUAUGUCAGAGAUCCCAAUCUUACUUCUGCAUUACAAUGUACAGAAAGAAUUUCAGCAAAAGCCUCAGAAAUUGAAGAACUAAAAGCUGCCACGCUUGAGGAAUCAGAAUGUACUGAGGAAAGUGUGAUUGAGAGCCCCGUACAAAAGGAAUUAAUGGUACUUCCUUCAGUGACUGAGGCCAUAGACACUGGUGUGCCUGAAGGCCUUAUGCAGAAUGAAAAGGAAGAUACACUCAUUCAUUUGGAACCACAAUACAGUGAGACUAAGGGAGCUGCGGAGACUCCAGAAAAUGAGGAAGCUUUGAAUUCUGUUAAAAUUGAGUUGGGAAAUGGCAAGCUACCAACUGGAGGAGAAUCUGCAGGAACAGUAGAAGGGGAUCUCCUCAUCUCAGACUCUAGAUUUAUAGAAAGUGUUGUCUCAAAUGCUAUUUUGGAAACGAAAAGAGUGAGGGUGCUGACAGACUUAAAAUCAGAAGUCCAAGAGGCAGGUAUGAGUGAGAUCUCUGUAAAGACUGAAACAUAUCCUGAGGAAUUGCCUGUGGAAACAGUGCAGUCACCUUCAGAGUCUAAAGCAGCUUCAGAAAGCUGCCAGGGAACACUACAAUCAUCAGGGAAGGUUCAAAUAACGGAAAUAGACAAAGCAGUACAAAAACCUGAACUUGCUGCAGGCGGUGCACUUUAUGCAGCUCCUAUACAAGAGCCUUUCACUGAGCAACAGGAGGAUGCUGGCACUGAUAUUCAUGAUUUGCAAAGUUAUAUAUCUUCUGUAACCAUAACAGCUGCAGCAGUAGAAGAGCGCGUCCUUGCAGAACAUGUCACACUUACAGAAACAUCAACUGAAACCUUUCAGACUUUACUAGAAGAGCCAAAAGAGCCAGCGUCCAAAACAAUAGAGUUUAGAAGCUUUGCUCAUUCAGAAUCUGGAACUCUGUAUCCUGAUCCUGAUGCAGUGGCAUUUUCAGAGAAAAUAGAUUCAGUGAUAGAAGAAUCAGUUUUAUCAGCAGUGAGAUGCACCAAAGAGGGCUUACUCCAGAAGUGUGUAUUUGAUUCUACUCCGGAAAUGGAACUCCUGAAAUCUUUAUCUAUUGAAGAAAGUGAGCAAAAGGUGAUGACUCCAGAAAGAAGCCCCUCUACUGAAUUUCCAAAAGAUGUUCAGUUUGUAACAAUAGAGUCUCAGAGUUCAAAAAUUGUGCAGAAAAUAAUCCAAAAUGCAGUUGAUAAAUUGGAGCAAACAGAAGAGGCCAUUUCUCCUUUAAAGCAGAAGAGUGAACCAUGUCUAGUGGAUGUAAAUGAAUCUGGAAUUCAGAGAGAUGUACAAGUUGGUCAUCAGAUUUCUAUGGCAGAAGAGAAAAAUCAUGAAAUUCAGCCAACAUCUGUAAUUGCAGAGAAAAAAGAAGCCAUCAGAGUACCAAAAGAAAUGCCUUUAAGUUUUAAUGAAACUGAAAAUGGAGAAAAUUGGAGCUCCGGAAAGACAGAUGCUGAUCUUGAAACUGUGAAAGAGAUUGUAAAUGAAACAGAAAGGAAGAAUGGUGACUCAAAGUCUCAAUUAGAAGUGGAUACAGCUGUUUCAACAGAGACUCAAAAAAACAUGCUAGGAAGUAUUCUCUCAGGAGGUUCACCAGAAGAAUCUCUUGAAAUAGAACAAUCAACAGUAAAGGAUUUAGAAGUUGCGCUAAUAGUUGAAAACCAAGAAAAGUUAAUACCACAUCAGACUCACAGGAAGAGAAAAGAAGAUUGCAGCCAGUCAACAGAAUUUCCUGAGAUGCAGAAAGAAGAUUUCACAUCUUGUGAAAGUCCACAGCUUCAGACAAAACUUAGAGAAUCCUGAGGUUUCAUUUCUGUUGACAGCUGCUUCUUACAUUUGGAGGGACCAGUACCUGAAGAAGGUAACACAAGAGGAUGGAUUCUGCUUAAACAGGCUGAAGACCAAUGAUUUUGCAGUGAGAACACAUCCACGCUUUCAGAUGUUUUUCCGAGGACAAUCCUGAGCCACCAUCAGGAGCUUGAGCCACCUCCUUUAGUUUUGAUUGUGAACACUUUCUUUUACAAUAUUCUUUUACCUUUAUUUUUGUUGUUGAUAACAUAGAUUGGGGUGGGAUAGGGGAUGGGGGCAAGAAGUAUUUUUGUUGAAAUGAUGUCAGUCUCUUAAUCUGGAAAGGAAGUUGGCAUCUUCUGAGAUUCCCUUUCUACCAAUGCUUCCCAAACUGGAUUGCAAUUCUUUGUGUAUUUAUGUGUAUAUCUUCAAGCAAAGUCUGAUUUAAUGUAUAUUUCCUCUUCUUUAUAUGUGAAAAAAAAUGAAAGAAAAUGAUCUCAAUUGUUUGGACCAGGAGCUAUUACAAAUGACCCAUCACUGACCAUAGAUGGCUCCCAACAACUUGACAGUGGUUUCCCAUUUGCUUGGAGGAGUGUGAGAAUGACUGUUUUGAUAUAUUUGAUGUUGCUUUCAUAAAGGUCAUUGCCAAACAAUACAAUUUAUCUUGCUCUGUUAGUAAAUUGUAAAUCUAAUUCAUACUUCAUGAUGUUUCUAAAUAUGAUGCUCCUUGUGUUAUGUAUGUUGCAAACAUUUUGGCUACACUUGAAUGCAGAAUUAAGCAGGCUUUAAAAAGGAAAAUGAAUUGGAUCCAUCAUAAUUCUGCUGUUGGAAAGUUUGGAAAUCAUCUGAGUUGAUUCUUCCCUCUCUGUACUGUUCCUUAUAUUUGUUUCCCAGAGGAUUGGGAUAACUUGUCAGAGUAAUGGUGGCCUUGGUACUGAAAAUUGCAGGAGAAGGGAAAUCUCUUUCUCCAUAUAGUACCAGCAAAAGUGUUUUGAGCAGAACUUUGCUCAGGGAAUGUCCGCAAUAGCAGAAAAGAAGCUAGAUCCCAUCCAUUGUUCUUAACCUUGCCUAGGUUGGCAGUGGAUUGUGACUUUCAAGUUGGAGUGCAGUUUUAUUUUUGCUAGAAUCACUUGAGAGGAAGGUUAAUCUUUAAAACUCAAAGAAAUAAGUUACAACUUGAAAUUGUGCAUCUUGAAGUAUGAAUCAGUUUUUUAAAAAUCUGAUAUCACAACUGCAAGCAUUUUUUCCAGUUUUUAGCCCAUCAAGAGAAACAAUCGUCAAUUAAAAAAAUACUUGUUUUUGCAGCAAGCCCAUGUCGUAACAUGAAAAGAAAGAAAUACACGAGAGAUUAUGUCUUCUCUAUAGUUGUGUCCCCAGUUAGGAAAUGUGUUUCAUUUUGCUUAUAUACACUUAGUACACUGUGAUUUCUGAAAAGCGAUUUAAAUAAAGACUUGGCUUACAUUUAGGUUUCCACUCAUAUUCAGAAUAAAUGCAUUACAAGAAAAUUUAGGAAGCCUGGAGUAGAUACACUCAAUUUGUUCAAUGCAGUUAAUAGUACAAGAUCAUAAUAAGUUGUCCAUACAAAAUGGGCAGGCUUCAAUUCCUAAAUAACUGAAUAAGAAUUAAAACACUCAACUUAUUCAAGGUUUGAUCUUCUAGUCACUAAGCUUGUCUAGCCAGUCAAAUUAAAUUGUAUUUUGUAGUCUUCACAUCUAUCCAGCUGAGCUUUUACGAAGGCCCAGCAGGUUCAUUGUAUUAUAAUUUAUUUGAAAAUGAACCAAGCGAGCCAAAUAAAUACAUACGUGUAAGAGCUGCACAAUGAGUAAUAAAAUGGAAAGAUCAUUGAUGUGACUGCACCAUCUAGUGGUUGCUAUAUACAUUUUAUAGCUUUUGGCUAAUGUACAACUUUUAUUCAACCUAAAAUAUUGAAUGGCAACUGUUUCUUAAAAUUAAUCCUACAUUAUAUCAGGAAUAGCUUGGCUAUAAAAGGCAACUAUGAAAUGAUAAUAUGCAAUCCUAGGCAUGCAUUGUGACAUUGCAGUGGGCUGAUUUGUGCAAGUUAAAAGUGAAAGAUGUUAUGCCUUCUUUUUAAAAAAAAAGAAAAAAGAAAAAGCCACUUAAAGUAUGGUGACUAUAGUAUCUUAGAAUUUUUUUUAAAAAGGAGCAUACUGGAUCAGUCCAUGUCAGGAUGCAACCAAUUUCUUUUUAAAUUAUAAAUGGCUGUUUCUUUCAGCAUAUAUUUAGCUCAGCCUUUCUGUUUCAGUGAGUAUCUUCACUGAUACAGGGCCCAGUGGAAUCCAGGGGCCCAAAGAGCAGUCAGUCAUCUUGGUGUAAUGAAAUCCUUUGCACCUUUUUUGAGUUCUAAAUUUAUCAGUGAGGGAAGAACCAAGGCAUAGUAACUUCAUUUGCUGGCCCCAUCUCCUCAUCAGAAGCUAUUAAGUGGUGCCAAAGGCAAGAAGAGGCCGUAUCGGCAGUGAGUGGUUUCUCCCUGGCCAGAACGGCCUUCAUAGCCUGAACCUGCCAAAUAGUAUCCCUCUGGAAGUUCAAUUUGAUCUCUUUCUUCCUGCAUCUCUGUUGGAGUAAUGGAAAAGUCUGGUCUUUUCUCCAUCAUGCUGGCCUCGUCAAAAUGUUUAAAAAUUUGAUAGUCUGUUCAAGUAUCUUCCAACAAAAAGUAACUUCUUCAUCCCACCAUGUGUACACUUUUCUUCUCAAAUCUAAAAAAUGAAAGCGUGCAUAUGCUGCUAGUAUCAGAUGUUUAGGUAACGUGCUCUUCCUUUCUGAGACAUGACAGAGGAGCAUAAUGAAACAACCUCUUUGCUCCAGUUGAGUGAUAUUUCAUGAAGUUUAUUUUAUCUUUCAAAACCAAUGAAUAAGUCAGCCUAUAGCCUCUGUAGAGCAUUUUUCCCUGAAAGUUGAUGGUAUGUAUAGACAAAUGUAUCUCCUUCUGGACUUCUGCCUUGUCUUUACACAGUUCCUUAAUGUGAUAGAAUAAGUGAGAAAGUUUAAUUUGGUCUAAGAUGGAAACAAGUAGGAGCUUGUUGCUGGAUCAAUUAGAUAUUCUAUUCAUGUGCCUAUAAGAUGUAAAAAAAAAGUGUAAAGUGUUCAAUAAUGGGUGUCCCCAAAUUACUUGGAGUGUUCUUUUUUAUAACAUCAUCUUCCCCACCUUGAGCAUGAAUUACAAAUUUUGUUCUGGGUGCAAGGUGUUAGAUUUCUCACUUUCAUUAGUUCUUUAUAUAGAUUAUUCACAUGAAGAAAACAUCACCUGAGUAAUAGGUACUCCUAAUUCUAAUUAGUUCUCAGAUAUGCUAUCUACAGAUUUCCAUGCACGUGUAUGGCCAGCUGCAGGGGAAGAGCCUGUCUAAGCAAGCUUUUACACAACUUGGACAUCAGCAUGAUCAGUUGUCCUGAUUGUGCAAAUACCUAUAUACAAGUAACUUGCUAUCUAGCUUUUACUCUUCAGGCAAACAUGUGGAUGUUUCUUGGGGAGAAAGGGUCCUCCAAAAGAAGAGGCAGAGCCAGGAGUAUGACUCAGCUGCCAUUAUUGCUGUGAUGUGUAUCUUUUUCAAUAGAUCUGCUGAAAUUAUAAGCCCUGAUUUAACCCUCCCUCCCCCAUUUCCGGAAUUCACUCUUGCCUGACAAACUUACUUUAUGUGAUCCAUUUGAUUAGGAAGGAAGGUUUCUUAUGUACAACCAGCCUCAAAAUGAGAUUUUUUUAGUGCUGCUUUAGUUUUAUAGCACAGUUUUAACAGCUAAUGGGAAACCAGUUACUUAUACAAACUAUAAUCUGUGUAUGGAAAGCCAUAUUGCAAUAGCCGCAACAAGUGAAAUAAUAAUACAAAACAAUGGUGGCAUGAUUUAUGUAAUCCUGGAUUUUAUCUUUAUACCUGCCUUUAUAGCUCUAAGGUUGUUAAUAACUAUGUAAAGUUAAACCUCAUUUAAAUAAAAUCUGGUAAUCACAAUGAAAAUGGUCACUGACCUGAAGUUGAGGAACAAGUGCUUAAUUUGGGGACUUUUUUUUUAAAGAUACUGAUCUAUGGCCUUUCUAAGUAAUGCCAAGAACAUAAAUCAUAUAAGCAGUCAUUCUUCUUGUAACUGAUGUUCUCAAAACAAAAACCAAGGCACCAAAAGAAUUUUGUCAUGGUGCAGGGAGCAUGUCUCCAUACACAGAUACCGCUUUGUUACAGUGUAUUGCUUUGGCCUCAAAAAUACUCAGACAAUGCUGCAAAUUUUAGCUUGUGCUACAACUCCAAGCUUUUGCAGUUUCUUCUAAUCCGUUGUAUUGGAUUAAUUAUAUUUUGAUUUUCUAUGUUGUUUUUAAGGUAGAUUUUCAUGGACUAAAUAAAAUGCAAAUAAUUCA